CUCUUCCCACAUUCCAUCACACCUCAUCUCCGUCUCCCUAGAUCUUUUGUCAAUAUGCCCAACACUCUUGGUAACGGCGAAUGGCUCAAUGUCGGCCAGAGCCUCUGGAGUGAGAAUGGUCAAACUGAGUUCAAAAUGCAGCAUGAUGGCAAGAUCGCGCUUUACGUGAACCAGGAAUGUGUAUGGCAGAAUACAGCCGAGCAGAGGGACGAUGUUAAGGGUCUUCAUAUGCAAGAAGAUGGAAAUCUUGUUCUGUAGUGAGUCUAUCUUUUCCUAUUGUGCCCCAAUUCUAUCUACCUUUGUCGAGAUAUAAUGAGUUGGAUUAUACAGCUCUCGUUGAUUAACUUGUAUAAUGCUAUCUAGCGAUCACAACGACCACGCCCUCUGGCACAGCAAUACUGCGCCAAGCUCAGGCCCUGUUAUCCUUGCUGUGCAGAAUGAUGGUAACCUCGUUCUUUACAGAGGCGAGGCCGUCUGGGCCAGCAACACCGGGCAUUAAUUGCUUCAACGGUACGGUGUCCAAGUUAAUGGUUGGAGACUCGGGGUGCAUGGGCUUAUACAACCUUUACGACAAUAAGAAGUUUGGAUGAAGAAACAGACGCUUGGUUGGGCGGCUGUAC